AUGAUUUCUGGCAAAUUCAUCUCUGCUGGCGAAAACAUCCACGUCUGCCUUUAAUAAAAAUAACACAAGUAGCGCGCGUUCAAAUGAAAAAUAACAGUUAAUAACGUGACACAGAUAAAGGUUAUUUUUACAUGUCACAAGCAUCUUUUUCAAGGUGGAAAAGGGCGCCGGAGGUUCCCGUACUGUGGAUUCUGCUAACAACAAGACAUAGGUCACCACAUGAUGCAAACAGCGGCAGCCGCCCUGACAGGCAAGAAGACGUUCUACGACCGGGGGCUCCUGUAGCCCACCCAUGCCCGUGAUCCCCAUCCCUCGGCGGGUGCGCAGCUUUCAUGGCCCCCACACCACCUGCAUGCACUCUGCGUGUGGCGCAGCGCACGCCACCAAGCUGGUGCGCAGUAAGUACAACAACUUUGAACUUUACGUGCGCUCGCGCUGCAUCUACGGUUUCCUGCGCUUCCUGCUCUACUUCGGCUGCAGCCUGCUCACCGCCCUCCUGUGGGUGGCACUGUCGGCACUCUUCUUUGCACAGUACAUCGGUGUGCGCGCCCUUCUGCGCCUGCAGUACAAACUGUCCGUCAUUCUCUUCCUGCUCGGCCACCGGCGCCUAGACUUUGGCGCCAUCAACGACCUGAUCAUCUACAGCAUGCAGAUCACCAUGUUCAUGGUGGGUGGACUCGGCUGGUGCUUCAUGGUUUUUGUGGACAUGUAGCCAGGAUGAAGGCGAGGUGGCGUGAGCUCGCAGCGGACCUUUAAUGUGCGUUUCUUUGGGGGUAUCUGGGAAUUUUCAGCAUCACAAAGCUAGGUGUUUUUUUGUGUGUUGUGUGAAGUGUUAAAGGUCCCGUAUUUUGGCUAUUGAGACCUCGGUAGAGUGACUCUCUAACAUGGACUUAGUAUAAAAGUGUCAAUAUCAUUUCAAAAAACACCUUGGGUUUCGUCAUAUGCGUGUCCAGAAAAGGCCCCUCUGACAGCUACUUCUGUUUCACCCAGUUUUGUAUCUGCUUUGUCCAUAUUUGGCUAAGACCGCCCCCUUUCCUCUGAUUGGUUGCCACCGUGUAGAAGAUCUAUUUGUGUGAGCACAUAUGUUUAUGAUAACAACACUGGCUCGGAAGCGGAAAGGGAAUAAGCUUGAGAAAUUCGAAUGACCUGACUUCAGGCCUCUCGGCAGAUGACGACGUCUGGAACUCAGGAAUGCGUGGACGAUUUUAAUUCGUAUUUCACGUUUACUGAGGCACCACAAAGACAAUAUUACAUCCCAAAUGCUAGAAAAGGUUGGUUUGGUAAAAUAUGUCCACUUUUACAAAGUACAAACUGUCUUUCAUGUGUUUGUGGGUUAAAUGUUUUGGGGAUUUUUUAUAAUUGUUCUCUAGGGAGGAGGGGGGUUAUUGCAUGGUGGACCGGGUCAUUGCUCUCAAGGGCCGGAGUGGCCCACAGGCCUUAGAUUGCCCACCCAUGCUAUCAGCACCCACUGAAUGCCAAGAAGAAGAAAAAAAGAUUUUAUGUGCAUUAAAACUCAUUCUUUACUGGAAUAAAA